CUCUGCACUCGGAGCGGGAGCAGGGCUCGGGUUCGAGCUCGGGCUCCGGCUCAGACUCGGGCUCCGGCUCGGCACGGCCGCAGCCCCUGGAGCCAUCAUUGCUGCGCUUCCUGGUGUGCCCGCUCUCCAAGCGGCCGCUGAGGUACGAAGAAGCUACGAACGAGCUCAUUAACGAGGAGCUGGGCAUCGCGUACCCCAUCAUCGACGGCAUCCCCAACAUGGUUCCCGAGGCUGCCAGGAGGACGCACAAGAAGCCGCCGCCGGCCGAGGGCUCGGAGCAGCCGUGAGGAGCCGCCGGGCACGGCGGUAACGGGGCCGGAUGGCCGGAGCGGGGCUGCUGCCCUCCCUGCCCACGCUGACCGUGCUCGUCCCGCUCCUGUCCCUGGCAGGGCUCUUCUACUCGGCCAGCGUAGACGAAAACUUCCCCCAGGGCUGCACCAGCACAGCCAGCCUGUGUUUCUACAGCCUCCUCCUUCCUGUUACAGUACCGGUUUAUGUGUUCUUUCACCUCUGGACCUGGAUGGGGAUUAAGCUUUUUAGGCAUAACUAGUGCAAUGCCUUUGCUAACCCCUGGGCUUCUCUAAAUCAACAUAAUUUGUUUGAUCUUGUCAAGUAUUGCAGUUCGUUUGAGAGAGUUUCCUUCUGGCACUAGUGACUGGCAUCGUUUUCCUGGUAGGAUCUAGAACUGUACGAAGCAGCAGCCCACUGUUAACUACUGCUAAUGCAGAUGAAGAGUAGGAGCACUAAUUAGAAGCACUAAUUCCCUCUGUUUUAUCCUUUCAAGAGUGCUGUGCAUUUGUUGUGACACUAAUUAGAACCUUAGUUUUCAUGAGGAAGAACUGUACUCUGACCGAAUAAACAAAAUUAAAAUUAAAACAUGCAGUGA